GGGACUAAGGCUCCUCGGGCAUUAUUACAGACACACAGAGCUGACCGCAAUGACAGCAGCUGCUCCUUUGAACUGUUGGCAGCAGCCAAGCGGCAGCAUGAAGUGAGAGAUCACUCCUGAGCUCAAGAUGAACUCUACCUUGGAUGGUAAUCAGAGCAGCCACCCUUUUUGCCUCUUGGCAUUUGGCUAUUUGGAAACUGUCAAUUUUUGCCUUUUGGAAGUAUUGAUUAUUGUCUUUCUAACUGUGUUGAUUAUUUCUGGCAACAUUAUUGUGAUUUUUGUAUUUCACUGUGCACCUUUGUUGAACCACCAUACUACAAGUUAUUUUAUCCAGACUAUGGCAUAUGCUGACCUCUUGGUUGGGGUAAGCUGCCUGGUCCCUUCUUUAUCACUCCUCCACUACCCGCUUCCAGUAGAGGAGUCCUUGACUUGCCAGGUAUUUGGUUUUGUAGUAUCAGUUCUGAAGAGUGUCUCCAUGGCCUCUCUGGCCUGUAUCAGCAUCGAUAGAUAUAUUGCCAUCACUAAGCCUCUAACCUAUAAUACCCUGGUUACGCCCUGGAGACUGCGUCUGUGUAUUUUCCUGAUUUGGCUAUACUCCACCCUGGUCUUCCUGCCUUCCUUUUUCCACUGGGGCAAACCUGGAUAUCAUGGAGAUGUGUUUCAGUGGUGUGCGGAGUCCUGGCACACCGACCCCUACUUCACCCUGUUCAUCGUGAUGAUGUUAUAUGCCCCAGCAGCCCUCAUUGUGUGCUUCACCUAUUUCAACAUCUUCCGCAUCUGCCAACAGCACACAAAGGAAAUCAGCGAAAGGCAAGCCCGCUUCAGCAGCCAGAGUGGGGAGACUGGGGAGGUGCAGGCCUGUCCUGAUAAGCGCUAUGCCAUGGUCCUGUUCCGAAUUACUAGUGUAUUUUACAUCCUCUGGUUGCCAUACAUCAUCUACUUCUUACUGGAGAGCUCCACUGGCCACAGCAACCGCUUCGCAUCCUUCUUGACCACCUGGCUUGCUAUUAGUAAUAGUUUCUGCAACUGUGUCAUUUAUAGUCUUUCCAACAGUGUCUUCCAAAGGGGACUAAAGCGCCUCUCAGGGGCCAUGUGUACUUCUUGUGCAAGUCAGAUGAUAGCUAAGGACCCUUACACAGUUAGGAGCAAAGGCCCCCUUAAUGGAUUUCAUGUCUAAAGUGGUUCAGAUAUUGGGUCACUGUGUGUUGUGUGUGUGUGUGUGUGUGUGUGUGUGUGUCUUUUUUAUCUUUUUGUAUUUUUAGUUCACUGGGAAAUAUGGGACAAAAUAGUUUGACUCUAAGCAAUAGUUAAACAAAUGAUCCAACCAAAAUACCUUUUAAGUUUGCAGAAAUGAUUUUUUUUGAUGCUUUCGAAUGAGAAGAAUCAGGACCAUGAAGAUAAAUUGCUCUUGGUUCCAAUUUCCAUAAUGUCAUGGAAAUGACUGUAUUUCUCAGACUUAAAAUGAAUAAAGCCAUAUCUAACACCUCUCUCCAGCUGGCAUGACUGAACCUGGGUGUGAAAAGCGUCAGCAUUUUUAAAAGU